CUUUGAUUAAAGAAGUCUUAUUUAUGUGAUGAAAAGUUGGGUCGAGCGACUCGAGCCACUGGAAUCCACCUACUUACUCUAGUCUAGUCUUUUGUGAAAGAUUUGAAGUCAACUCUCUCACUCUGUUCUGAAAUGGAGGUUUAUCUUUACUCUGUCACCAUCUUCUUCUGCCUCUAUAUUUUUUCAGUUCAGUCAUCAACAAUCUCAGAUAAUUCACCUGAGAUUAUCACCAGGUUCCAACAAUACCUACAAAUCAACACAGCUCAACCAAAUCCCAAAUACUAUGAAGCUGCAGGUUUCAUUAUUGCGCAAGCUAAAUCACUAAACUUAGGAUACGAAACCCUAGAAUAUGUCAAGGGAAAGCCUUUAAUUCUCCUCAAAUGGACUGGUAAGAAUCAAAAGCUCCCUUCAAUCCUUUUGAAUUCACACACAGAUGUAGUCCCAGUAGAACAUCAUAAAUGGCAGCACCCACCUUUUGAUGCAAACGUCGAUCAAUCAGGCAACAUUUAUGCCAGAGGAUCACAAGAUAUGAAAUGUGUCGGAUUACAGUAUAUCGAAGCGAUUCGUCGAUUGAAAAGUUCUGGUUUCGAACCAAUUAGAACUGUUUAUUUAUCUUUUGUACCUGAUGAAGAGAUUGGUGGUCUGGCUGGUGCACAGUCAUUUGCUGAGUCCAAAGAUUUCAAGAAGAUGAAUGUUGGAGUUGUCCUUGAUGAGGGUUUGGCUUCACCAAAUGAGAAUUACAGGAUGUUUUAUGCGGAGAGGAGCCCAUGGUGGCUAGUGAUUAAAGCGACUGGACUCCCUGGCCAUGGGGCAAAGCUUUAUGACAACAGUGCAAUGGAGAAUCUGCUGAAGAGUAUUGAGAUCGUGAGGAGGUUUAGAGCGUCACAGUUUGAUCUGGUAAAAGCAGGGCUGAAGGCUGAGGGUGAAGUAAUUUCGGUCAAUAUGGCCUUCUUGAAAGCUGGGACACCAACUCCAACAGGGUUCGUCAUGAAUCUGCAGCCAUCUGAAGCUGAGGCUGGAUUUGACAUUCGAAUUCCACCAACUGCUGACACAACUUCCUUGGAGAGAAGGAUUUCUGAGGAAUGGGCACCUUCUUCUCGCAACAUGACAUUUGAGUUUCAAGAGAAGACUCCAGUAUAUGACAAGUUUGGGAAGCCUGUUUUCACUGCAAUUGAUAGUUCUAACCCAUGGUGGGCGUUGUUAGAGGGGUCUGUCAAGAAAGCAAAUGGCAAGCUUGGUAAACCUGAGAUCUUCGCAGCCUCGACUGAUGCUCGUUAUUUCCGGGACCAAGGAUUACCAGCAAUUGGUUUCUCUCCAAUGGCCAACACUCCCAUUCUGCUUCAUGAACAUAAUGAGUUCCUCAACCAGGCGGAGUACUUGAAAGGGAUCGAAAUCUAUGAGUCGAUCAUUAAAGAAUACACUUCUUAUAUUGAGCCAACAAGUGAUGCAGUUUCUAGAGAAGAGUUGUAAGAUAGUGACACCGUUCCUUGCUCAUUUCUAACAAUGUGGCAGUCAUUGUUAGUGUUGUGUAAUAUAGUGAAGAUGCUCAUCUUGUCAUAUAAUGCUCACUAAUGGAGCUUACAAUUUCCUAUAGCCUCCAUAUAACUGGAAGUACUGAAGUAUUUCCUUGUACUGUUAAUAUUUCUGUUUUUAAAUACAGAUGUUACUGCCAUGGAGAAAAUCCCCACCGGA